UUGGUUGUUUAUUGAAAUAAAUGAAAAUAAUGAAGGGCACGAAAUUACUGCUCACUGCGCGGUAACAUGGUUGUAACUGUUUAGCGAGGUCAAUGAAUAAAUGAGCUCAGGAAGACACCUAGGCCGCGAUUCUCACCCUGGCCUUGGAAUUACUCCCAGGUUCACCGGUCUCCUGCAGCAGCGACGUGAACAGGAUCCACUGCCGCUGGCUCGUGUCAAGCCACUGGUGCCAAUUGCGAGCAACGUAGUCGAUACAGUGCUCCAGCGUUGCCGGUGGCAUGAACACUCCGUUAUGUCUCCCCGCUGUCUGCUGCUCCAACUGGGAUGUCGGUUGGCCAGGGUGUCCUGCAGGUUCCAGAGCAGUGUGCUCACCGGAAGUGGCAAUGAUGUCGAGGAUCUCCCCAGCACGGACUUCGAAUGGCAGUCCCUCGAUUUGGAGCGAAACAUCCGGACAGCCAUUGAACCAGGCUGGAGAGGUUCAACUCGAACGUCAGGUCUCGAACCUGCGUCAGAGCGGCCUCAUUUACCGUCACGACGACGUGGCCAUUCGCACCAUUGCUGAGAAUUACGACAAACGCGUGGUUACACACACACACACACACAAAUAAAAAGACAGAAAACACCGCUUGCCAAAAGGCCAGAAGACGACGAUGGCGACGUGUAACGUGCAAGACGACUCGUUCUUCGUGUACCACUAGUCGAACUAAUAAGUGUUUCCGGGGUAGUUCCUGGGUAGCCUAAGGAGAGUUUUGGGGGUGUAAUCGAAAUAGAGCGCCGAUAACAGGGAGGCUUACCAAGUUAUGAAGUUGGCAAAGGCAGAGGAAAGAAGAGUGUAACGUUGGUGGAUGGCAGGAAUAGCUCAAGGAGCGGAAAACCGGACACUACUGCAAAAUUUGGUGGAGAUGUUCACAGCAGCGUAUGUUGCUCACGUAUCGUGUUUUUCACCAAGCCACGAAGGUAGUUCACGGCCGGUCUAACCAUGUAUGGCAUAAUGCGCCUUCCUUAUACUGUGCCGUUUUUGACUCAGAAAUUGAAAUUUGUGCACGUGAUGCAGAAGUAGCGGUAUUAAGUGGCAGUAGACAAAUAUCGGCUGUGAAUAGCUUUGGAAUCCAAUUGCUAACUUGAUGGCUAAUCGUGUAAAACAGUGUGUGGGAGUUACGCGGGUAAACGCACUCUAGUACUGCUGGUGCCAGUGUUGUUGGAUGCUGUGAACAGCAAACUCUGCAAAGUAAGUGUUUGACACCAGCAGCGAGCGGCCUCGUAAACUGACAGCGAAGGCUGAUGUGACAGGUGAAUUCUACGGCGAUAUUCACAGUGCGUCUUGACGACGCACCGUACGUUGAGUACGUUAAUAUCGAGUCUUUUGGCACACCUCUGAACUGGCGCCUGUGUGUUGUGUAGCCCGGAAAGGUAUAGGCGCCAUUGGCAUUGGGCGUGGCCUAAACAAUCGCAUAAGAAUGAAGAGCCUCUUGAAUAGCGCGUGUAUUGCUGUUUCGUACUUUUAUCGCGUCGUUUUCUCCAGUUAUUCACCCAUUUCUCUUGGAAUAAUCAGCUGUGCGCAGUGCUUCGCAUAAGGCUUCCAUAAAGCUGUCCCAAAUGUUCUGCCUCUAGAAUCGAGAUCUAUUCCUCAUGCAGCUGUAGCUUUUUCGCGCGCUCGCACAUUCUUUGGGAUUCGCCGUUAAGACGUUCCGAAACUAAUUUCCCCGUCAAUAAUUUUGAAGUGCGUACUUUCAAUAUAGUGCCGAUUGGUGAUCUGUGGUGUGCCAUUUUUUCCUGAUGCGACAUUACUGCCACAGCGCAGUUUCAUUUGCGACAUAUGCGCACAUGUAGAAUGAACGAAAAGCUGAGGAAGAUGUUACCCUAUAGGCGGAGCGUCCUCUUGAUUUUAUUUGUACGUAUUCUUUGACACUCCCAGAGAAAUACUUCACCUCAUGUAAGAAUGCUUAAGAGCCUGGAAAUAAACUUGGCGUGAAUUAACA